AUGUAUUCCUACUAUUGGGAUCCAGAAGAGGACAAGUUACCUUCAUCCACACUGUUGAAGUAUUACAUCUGUGAUGCGGCAUUCAUGCUUGUCCCUCUUGCUACUCUCACUCUCUUACUCGUCGCUCUCACUCUUUUGCUUGUUGCUCUCACUCUCUUAGUCAUUGCUAUCACUCUCUCCGCUAUCACUCUCGCUCGGUUGUCGCUAUUACUCUCUUGCUUGGUCAUCACUAUUACUCUCUUGCUUGGUCAUCACUAUCACACUCUCAGUCGUCACUAUCACACUCUCGGUCAUUGCUAUCACUCUCUCGGUCAUUGCUCGUUACUCUCAUUCCCUCGGUCAUCGGUCAUCAAGUGCAAGCCUUGUGAUCAUAGCUAA